AAAGAGCUUUAAGACUCCCAAAAGCCCCCACUGUUAUAAAACUCUUAGCUAUCGCCGUCUCCCAAUUCAUUCGCACUCCGAUCCCUCUGCUUUCGCCAAACAAACGCAGGAUUUGCAGAUUCCUUUCUCUUCCCUUAGUUGCUUAGCAAUCGAUGGCUUUGGCUAACCAGCAAACUGUUGAUUAUCCGAGCUUCAAGCUCGUCAUCGUUGGCGAUGGAGGAACUGGAAAGACAACCUUUGUCAAGAGGCAUCUAACUGGAGAGUUUGAGAAGAAAUACGAGCCAACCAUCGGGGUGGAGGUUCACCCAUUGGACUUCUUCACUAACUGUGGGAAAAUCCGUUUUUACUGCUGGGAUACUGCUGGACAAGAGAAGUUCGGUGGUCUCAGAGAUGGAUACUACAUCCAUGGUCAAUGUGCCAUUAUUAUGUUUGACGUUACUGCCCGGUUGACAUACAAGAAUGUUCCUACAUGGCAUCGUGAUCUUUGCAGGGUGUGUGAGAAUAUUCCAAUUGUUCUCUGUGGAAACAAGGUUGAUGUAAAGAACAGGCAGGUCAAGGCAAAGCAAGUCACCUUCCACAGGAAGAAGAACCUGCAGUAUUAUGAAAUUUCUGCCAAGAGCAACUACAAUUUUGAGAAGCCCUUCUUGUACCUUGCCAGAAAGCUUGCCGGUGAUCCUAAUCUUCACUUUGUGGAGUCUCCUGCUCUUGCUCCUCCUGAAGUUCACAUUGACUUGGCUGCCCAGCAACAGCAUGAAGCUGAGCUUGCAGCGGCAGCUAGUCAGCCUCUUCCGGAUGACGACGACGACGCAUUUGAAUAGAGGAGAUUUCAGUGCCAGAGAGAGCUUUCAACAUGUUCUGCCUGCUUUUUCAUUAUCACCCCAUUUGGAUUUGUGUUAUCAUCAAAAAAAAUUCAGAGCUUGAGCAGAAAUGGGUAUGGGUGUUGUCAGCUCGUUGAGGAGAGGAGAUUAGUAGUUUUAGAAAUUUUUGGAUAUAAUUGUUGUUAUUGUGGAUCUUUGAUCGUUGUUUGUUUCUGACUUUUCUGUUUAUUGUUGGUGUUGUGGAUUUUGCCGUUGGUAAAAUCCUUAUGCGAAAGUUCUAUAUGUUUUGAAUAUGAAAUUCUUGAUAAGAAUAUUACAAUUCUCAUUUGCUCUGA